UGAACAAGAACUACGCACAAUACUUACCCAACCUCAAUCUAUUACUGCUCGAAGAUCUCGAUGAAAUUUAUCAAGUUUUGUUGAACUUCGAGUGCAAUAUUAGCCCAAAGGUCAGCAGAUACUCUUUAUUAAUUUGUAUACCUACGAGCUACUAACAUGGCAGUAUCAAUAGCGAAAGUAGUGGGCAUCGCCAAAGAUGUGUCUCCCUUGUAUUAUAGAAUAUUAUCAAAAUUUCCUCAGAACUUCACGUUUUGUUUCGCAUAUGGAUCAGCAGUUAAGCCCCAAAUGGGUACUCAGAAUAAACACAGCAUGGUUGAUCUGAUCUACUGUGUGGACAAUUCGUACCGCUGGCAUGGAGCUAACAUUCAACAAAACCCCUCUCACUAUUCGGCGCUUCGUUUCCUGGGCAAGGGAUUUGUUGCAAGAUUCCAAGAGAACUGGGGAGCUAAAGUGUACUUCAACACUCUUGUGGAACUAAAGGAAGAGAAUAUCACAAUUAAGUAUGGUGUUAUUUCACAGAAGGACUUGAUUUCUGACCUGCUAGACUGGGAUAACCUCUAUGUAGCAGGUCGGCUGCACAAGCCUGUGGAAAUCAUAAAACAGACCAACAGUUCACACCUACAAAAUGCUCUUCAGUUCAAUUUGCGAUCUGCAGUUCACACUGCUCUCCUCAUAUUACCAGAGACAUUUACAGAAUAUGACUUCUACUUUGCUAUAUCUAACCUUAGCUAUGCUGGAGAUUUCAGAAUGACAUUUGGAGAAAAUAAAAAUAAAGUAAGAAACAUUGUCCAACCUCAAUUAGCAAACUUUCGUGAGUUAUAUAGGCCAAUCUUGCAGCAAUUCCAUGCCUAUGUUGACUUCUCCACUGAAAAUGCUCAAUGCCAUCAAGACACAAACCCAGAAACAAAGUUGCACCACCUGAUGCAGCUGCCUAUGGUCCCACAACAAAGGAUAGUCAAGUUUUGGAACCGUGGUGGUCUUCAACAGGAUAUGGAAGAUGUUCUCCGUGCAGUUGCCUAUGAUAUUGACUGUGCAGUUAUACUGAGACAAAUACUCAAAGAUCUGGUUUGGCAGUCAAGUGUCAGACAAUCUUUGAAAGGGAUACUUACUGCUGGAUUCUUAAAAUCAGUUAAAUAUAGUGCUAAGAAAAUUGCUAAAAUGUUUUAAAAAUACAAAUGUUUUACAUACCUAGUGCAAUAAGAAAGAAGUUGUACAGAAAUAAAUGUC